UUGGUUGUAAGUUGUGUAACUAGCUGGUAACAAUUGAUGUUUUUCUGGAAUCUGGGACCAUAAUUCCUUUUAGAUAAUUCAUUUAGAGCCAGUCUGGUCUGUACAAGACUGUAAGAGUGCUUGUAAGAAACUACUCACACUGACGAAAAGUUGAGUGUGUUAUCUUAAACCCAUUUUAAACCUUGUAGUACCUAAUAUCAUCUCUUUUUGUGCUAUAGAUAAUUGGCUUACCAAAAGGUAGGGUACGAUGAAAAAGGUAAAGCUAUUAUAAAUUUGUUAAGACUAAGUCAGAACUCAGAAGUAAUCUUCCAACUUGAAUGAUUUUGGUGGGGUUGCAUUUUGGUGAGUGAAGCAUCUUUUUCAAACAAUGCAAUCUAGAAAUAAAGAGGAACCAAAAGGUCUUGACUUUCUUACUCAGAUAAAUGGACACUAAGUCAUGGAUCCAAAGCAUAUAUUAUAUCUGUCUUUGUGUGUUACCAUGUCUCUUGAGUCUUUAAAACUUAGUUUUCUCCAUAGAUUAAAGCAAAAGCAAAGAUGGGCUUCCUCUGUCACUAGUUUUGCUAACUCAUCCUUUUCGGACAACGACACUCUUCAUUUCCCACUCUCGGUUCGGUGGUUUCUUUAGGAUUCUUGAUUUUUGUUUUAUUUAUCUAUAAGGAUUCUUCAUUCCUGUUUUAUCUACUGUGCAACGAGAGUGUCAUGGCUACUCUCUCUGAAAUCGUCGAGGAAGAACUUGGAGCAUCACUAAGAAGCAAGCUUUCAAGAACAAGUGAAACCAGUCUCGCUUCAGUCGCAUCGUUAUCCAUGCCACUUAUUCAGGAGAUUGUUUUAUCAGCAGACAUCAGAUGUAGUGACUGCCAAGAGAAAGUCGCCGACAUAAUGUCAAGAAUGAUCGAAACAUAUUCAAUAUUGGUGAGUGUGUUGGAGAAGAAAGUGACACUGACGUGCACAUAUUCCGGUGACCGGCGAGUCUCCAAAUCAUAUGGUGAAGCUCUUCUCUGCAAAAUCUCAACCAUCAAGCGUUUGAUAUGUCCUUCAAGGAAACAACAACUCAAAAUUGCUUGAUUUUUUGCUUUUUAUUAUCAUUUCUCUUUGCAAUAAAAUGAAAUCUUUUAUGUCGAAUGUGAUUGGAUAUAUUGUUUAGAUAAACAAAAACUCUCAAUAGCAAUAAUAAUUAUCAUAGACAAA